AUGACUUUAUUAUGGUAUGCUUACAAUGUCUUCAUGUAUUUUUCUCUUGUUAGACUUCAAACAACUGAUGAAAAUAUUAAUACAACAACUAAAUUAUCAAAUAUAUCAGAAAUUGAUGAUUCUCAACUAAAAUUUCCACAAGUUAUUAUACUAGGCGCAUUAGCCAAUAAUGAACAAAUUCAAAUGCUUCCUAAUGCAAGUACAGACUCAAAUAAAAAUCUACAUAUUUCAUCGCAAUGUUUUAUUCUUAAUUCAAAUCCAUUGUUAACCAUAACAGCCUUAUGCGAAGCAGGCAAUAAAUCAAAUGCAAAAGUAAUUAUUGCUAGUCGUAUUAUUGAUGAUGAUAAUGAUUUAACAUUAGCUGCUAUUGCGUAUGUAGCAGAUUUUUAUCAUAUACCAGUUAUAACAAUAGCAUCAAGAGAAAAUCUUCUUUCUGAUAAAGCAUUAUAUGGUUUUAUUCUACGGUUAGUACCACCGUAUUUGUAUGAAGCUGAUGCUUGGUUUAGUAUAAUUCAUAAAUUAAAAUAUACAAAUGUCGUAUUGAUUUAUAAUCAAGAAGAAGAAAGUCGAAUGGUGGCAUCAAGAUUUCAAAUGCUUGCACAUGAUUCACAGAUUCAGAUUGAACAAAUGGAAGAGUACACCUCAGAUACCAAUUUGACAUCGUUAAUAUUUAAUUUGACAACUGAAGAUCGUCUAUUAGCACGUGUAUUUAUUAUUCAUACACGAUUCAAAGAUAUAGCUGAGAUGUUAUCGGCGAUUGUACGAUUAGAGAAAACAGAAAAUUUUGUAUGGAUUAUUAAUGAACAUGCGUUAACAACAAAUAGCUCCGCUUUAUUUGAUGGUCUUCUUGGUGUUAGGCUGCAUGAUUCAUUUAGUGAUGAAAAUCUUCUCAUUGAUGCAACUCAACUUAUAACUGACACAUUUGUGAAAUUUAUUGAUUAUUCAUCUUCAUUUUGGUCAGAAAAUAGGUCUGUUAUUGAUUGUUCAUCAGCAGAACCCUGGCAGUAUGGAGAAGAAGUUUAUCGAGCAUUCAUUAAAACAAAAGUGAACGCCGCUACCACAGGUGAUAUUGAAUUUAAUGAAUAUGGUGAUAGAAUUGAAUCAUUAUAUGAAAUAAUUAAUAUUCAAUACGGACAUCCAACAGUUGUUGGUACUUAUCGUUCGAAUACAAGUGUUUGCCAUACAAGUAGUAUGUGUCGAGAAAUCAUGUAUAAAACAGAAUUAAAACUUGAUGAAGAAAAAAUUAUUUGGCCUAAUGGUUUGAGAAAAAAACCCGAUGGUAUUCGUAAGAGUCGAAAUGUUACGGUUGUUACUAUCGUUGAAAAACCUUUUAUAUUUGCACGUCCAGGCAAUAAUUGUGAAUCUACAUCUGAAAUAUAUUGUCCACGUAAAAAACUUAAUAAAUCAUCCGAUGACGAGUAUGAACAAUUUUGCUGUUAUGGUUAUUGUAUUGAUUUAUUACACGAAUUAUCGAAAAAUCUUAGUAUGGUUUAUACAUUACAUCUUGUGGCUGAUGGUAAAUAUGGUUCGUUUGAAAAGGAAGGAGAAGAUAAACAAAAACGAUGGGAUGGAAUGAUCGGUGAAUUACUAAAUUAUCAAGCUGAUCUAAUUAUAGCUCCAUUAACUAUGAAUCCUGAACGUGUACAAGAUAUUGAAUUUACAAAACCAUUUAAAUAUCAAGGCAUUACAAUACUUGUACGAAAGGAUAAAAAUACAUCACGCUUGUCAUCGUUUUUACAACCAUUUAAAGGUGUAUUAUGGAUAAUGAUCUUGUUUUCUGUACAUAUUAUUGCUAUUGUUUUAUAUUUACUUGAUCGUUGGUCAUCAUUUGGUCGAUUUCAUUUUGUACCGCAAAAAGAUCAACUAGAUGAAAGUAGUCUUACAUUGGAAGAAAAUAGAAAAAAAGAUACACUCAGUUUAUCACGUUCAGUUUGGUUUACAUGGGGAGUUUUAUUAAAUUCAGGAAUUGGAGAAGGAACACCAAAAAGUUUUUCAGCUCGUGUUCUUGGUAUGGUUUGGGCAGGUUUUGCUAUGAUUAUGGUUGCAUCUUAUACAGCUAACUUAGCGGCUUUUCUUGUGCUCGAUCGACCUGAAGCAAGCAUAUCCGGAAUCAAUGAUGCUCGAUUAAGAAAUCCUCAAGAUGGUUUCGCAUAUGCAACAGUGAAAGGCUCAGCAGUUGAUAUGUAUUUCAAAAGACAAGUUGAACUUUCAACCAUGUAUCGAAUAAUGGAAUCAAGAAAUUAUUUAACUGCUGAAGAAGCCAUAUCAGAUUUAAGAACAGGAAUCAUAAAUGCAUUUAUUUGGGAUUCAGGAAGGCUAGAAUAUGAGGCAGCACAAGAUUGUGAUUUAGUUACGGCAGGUGAAUUAUUUGGACGAUCAAGUUAUGGCAUUGCAUUAAGAAAAAAAGACGCAUGGAUUAAUCCAUUAUCUCAUGCUAUAUUAUCAUUUCAUGAAAAAGGUUUCAUGGAAUUACUUGAUAAUAAAUGGAUUUAUGCAAAUAACGAAAAACAAUGCGCCGAUCGUUCAUCAUCACCAGCAACACUUGGUUUUGAUAAUAUGAUCGGUGUUUUCGUACUUGUUGUGGGUGGAGUAGUUCUGGGAUUUUUUAUUCUUGUCAUUGAAAUUGUAUUCAAACGACAAAAAGAACGAAUCGAAAGAGAAAGAGCAAUAACUCGAACUGCUAUUGUUUAUUGGAAACGAAGAGCAGAGAGACGUAGACAACAGCUUUCGGUCAAUUUUGAGUCGGAGAAUCAUGAACAACAACAGAAUUUACAGCCAAAUCAAAAUGAUGGAUUUUCGCUCGAUCGUAUGGACCAUCAUAUAUCAUCUAAUUUAUGUUGA